AUGCCGGACCCGCGCCUUCUGGAUCUCACAGACCUGUGUGUCGUAUUCGAAGACACCUGGACCGCGUUCCUGGCGAGGGUCCGGGAGGGGGUGUUUGCCCUCCCGUGUGAUACUACGGAUACGGGUACGGCUGGCCGGCUGUGUGGAGCUGGUACCGAAGGUAAGCAGUACGAAGGCAAGCAAAGGGUGCAGAACGAAGGAUCUGCUGCGAAGGCUUGUGAGGCUGAAGAGCAGCCUGUCGAGGAGCCGGAGCAGCAGGAACGCUUACCUGCCAUUACGGCCGAGGAGACGCGGCGUCUGGCCCGAGCGAUGCGCGCGAAGAGGGCCGUGGUGGUGCAUUCGGUGCCGUUGCCUUUACCUGAUGGGGAAGCUGCAGUGCCUGUCGAAGAGGGCAGCGUUGGUGUUGGCUUUGAUGCUAACGCAGGGUCCUCGCUGGAGGAGGCUGUCCAAGGUUACGGUAACGUUACCGGUACCAAGGACACGGAUCAAGCUGCUGCGGCAGUGGUGCAGCAGGGAGCUAGAGCGGCGAAAGUCAAUGAGGUGAUUGUGCAGGCAAGGCGGGUGGCCGGGUCGGUGUUUGUUACGGAGCUGACGGAGAGGUACUAUGAGAGCUUUGGGAGUGGGUGGAGAGAGUGGGCGGGCGUUAUUGGUGGUGAGUGA